CAAACCAUUUUCGUUAAGGUAAAACUAAUCUUAAUGAGUACUGUUUAUCCAUUUGGGUAAAUGAAGCAGUUUGAGCUUAGUAAAACCUGAUAAAUGAAGAUAACUCAAGCCAACUGAGUGCUGUACAUAAAACCCAAUAAGUUAAGGCAACUCAAACCAUUUGAGGAAACCGAUUACAAACUAUUUGAGUUAAAAAAAAAAAAACUAUAGGAGUACUGUGCACUUACUUUAAGUUGAAGGAAUGAGGUAUUUAACUACCUUAUUACAUUCAACACUGAGUUCAAAACCCUUUAAAAUGAGAAUUAACCUUAAGUAGGCCUAAAUUUUGAGUUAACUAUUUCAUUUGAUAAAGUUGACUGUUGGGUUUUACAGUGUAAAACCACAUUUAAUUGUAUACACUAAACAUGCAGAUCACUACCUUAAACCAAUCAACACCUCCUCUGAUAAAUAAACAGAAUAAACAAUAAAUAAAACGAUUCUUGAAUUUAAAAUCUCCACAAGUAUGGCUGGAUCAUCACUAGAGGGCGCCAUCUGAUAUUAUCCAACAAGAAGAUCUUCUCCGCCGGAGCUUCUGCUGACUUUCAUCUGAACUAUCUUGCAAGUCCUGUAACUGGUAAGUCCUUCUCUGAUAUUCUUUAAUUAACAAAUUUGGCAUCUGCAACCUAUGUAUAUAAAUGCCAUAAACGGUUUUCUCUCAUUUUAGAGGUACGUUUUGUUUAAGAAGAAUCGUCUGAGGUGAUAUAAAAGUGCAAAAUGCUGCACCAUUUCUUAGUCCAUGCAGCUUUUCAGACUAGCAGGUGGCUUCCAAAAGAUCAACGCUUAAAAUUUCAGGUUGUUCUUUUCGUCUUCGUGGUGCUUUUCUUGACACCGCAGUUUUAUGUUUUGUCAAGGCCAAAGUCGUCUCGCUAUUGUGAAAAGCCACUGCUGAAUAAUCUCAUAGUAUUCAUCGUGUUCUCGUUUAUAGCAACAGCCCUUUUCCUUCACACUGAAGGUUUGUCUAUAGCGAUUACACUCACAGACCCAGUUCCCAAAACCAUCCGGGCAGCGUUUCACACAUUUGGUCUGUUUUCAUUCAUUGAGGGACUCUGUACAGUCAUUUUAACCUUGACUGCACCUCAGUGUGCAAACACCACCACAGAAUUGUACAUAUUUUCGUUGGUAGCCUCUUGGGCCUGCAUAUUCUCAACAGCUUUCUUUGUAGUCAGAGGAGGUCUCUGCCUAGUCCAUAAACUAUUUCCUCAUUGGUUAAGAGAUGCGUGCCUCUGGGACUGAAAAAUGAGCUUCUACUACCUUCACUGACACUCAAUACAGGUGCAUUUAUUAUUAACAUGCUUUCAGACAGUUGUGAGACUCUAUUCAUCGAUAUCUCUUUUCACCAAUAUUAGCAUACAAUGGAGGCGAGAAAAUAGACAGACUGCAUUUAUUUAAAGAAAACUUAAGCAUUGUGUUUAGAGUCUGAUUAUUUGGGAUGUGUACUUUGCUCAAAUGCAUUGUAACAAAAGAAAAAGAAAUAAAAACACUGAUGCUUUCAAAAAUAUAUUUUAUUGCUAUGUAGUAAAACCACUGCAAAAUAUGAAAUGGUGUUUUUGAUGCUGUGUAAUACAGUUGUGUGUAAUGGCAUGUAAUACAAGUGAAUACCGUAACAACAGUUCCUGGAAACAUAUAAUGGAAAAGCAAUACACCAUAGAUAUAUACACUAGAUAUCACAUAUGGACCCUGAGUAUGCGUCAAUAGCGCUGCCACAUUUGUACAAUGCUCCCACCACAGAUGUCAUUCAACCUAACUAAACAAGACUAAAGCUAAUGUUAAGUUGCUUGACUUUAGCGCUGUGUACGGGUGUAUUAGCGUGCAAACACAAUAAAACAAAGCAUAAAUGCAGAACAUUUCAUAGGUAAGAUUUUGUUUUUGUAUGUUAUGAACUAUUGUGCUUAACAAUUAAUGUUAUCGAUAGUGAUGUCACUUACUGCACUGAUCAUGAGGCAAAGUAGCAUCAACUUGCUCAAAAUUCUAGGUUUAUGCUUUUGUUAAAUUAAAUAAGCAAAUAAGAUGCUGCGGUGCCAGAAAAUUUUAUUAUUGUGGUCUAAGCGAAUGAGUCUUUCAUAACAGAGAUUCAUUCAUAAACAAAUCGCUCCCUCCCUUAAAAUGAGAGGUGAAAGCGGAAGAGGGGGUGUGUUUCAGGACACAGAUCAGAUCAAAUUUAACAGGGAGGGAGGAUAAUACAUUUUCAUGCACACAAACAUACGCUUUUGUCAGCAAUGCCCGUAUGGUCACUUAUUCAUCAAUGAAGAGAAGUGAUGUCAAAUUAUAAUUUUCUUAAUUAAAAAAAAAAUUGCAUAUAUAGAUCAAUGGGAAAACUUCCCAUUAUAGAUGCAUGUAUAUUUGUCUGUAUAUCUUUAGCUCUGGGUGGCCAGUCCUCCACUGCACCUUGGUCCCAAAUUUAAUUCAAAGGAGUGGUACCCUGUACUAAAAUGGCAGCUCUAUUGACACAUUCCUUCCAAUAGACAACAACAAGGUGCUCCCUUGGCGACAUCUAAUGUAAAUAUCUAUGGCAAUACACUUCAUUGAGAAGUGUCAGUUCAUGUUUUAAACCUCUCUGCAAGGCACAUACUUUCUUGGAAUACACACAGUAGGAUUUGUACAAUGUUACACAUUAUUUAUAGGCACUUUACGAAAACCACGAAUCAAUUUAAACAGAAUUUAGAGUGUGAUUUUAAAACCCAGUGCAUUUAUUCGAAAGUUUUAUUAAUAUUUUCACAAAUUAGAUGAUCCGAUUCAUGUGGAAUGUAAUGUUCUGAUUCACUACACAAUGUUUGGCAAACCACUGGCUAUGACACUGGUCUCAAACUGAAUUCCUGAAGAUCCGCAGAUCUGCAGAGUUUAGCUCCAACCACCUCCAAAUCACACCUGCUUAAUAGUCUCUUGCAGUCUUUAACACCUUGAUUAAUUGGAUCAGCUGUGUUUGAUUAGGGUUGGAGCAAAACGGCGGCCCUUCAGGAAUUAAGUUUGAGACCCAUAGGCUUUGAUAAUACUACCCAGCUGUCCAUAAAAGUCUUGCAGUGUCUCAAAAAUCAUGAAAUGUGCUUCUUCAAUUUAAACAAUAUCUGUAGAAAGGCAUUCAUGUUAAGAUAUGAAACCAAUGUAAGGCGUUGUGCCAUCUGAAUUGCUUGACACACAAUAAACCAUUGUUUAUGGAGGAAUGACAAA